UGAAGCUAUGAAGAUAGGUUUGUGAAUGAAUGAGAUGCUGAGUGAAUACUGACUCAAGAAUCAAGAUGGCUAACUCUUUCUCCAUCCUGUUGUCAUACAUUGACAACCUUCUAUGGGGUUGCACACAAAUAUUCUAUGGGAUUGUGUUCAUCAUCAAUUUCAACUACCAGCUUGUGACGAGUCUAUAUAGAUGCAUCAUUCAACUAUGGGCACUGUUAAUACAAACUGUGCUGUAUACUGCCAAAGCUUUUGUGUUCAGCAUUGAGUUCCUUGCCGAGUUACCGGUCUGGAGUUACCACAUGGGAAAGUACCUGAUUGAUCUAGUCCAGAACCUGAUGAGCAAUGCAAUUCAAGGUUGUAUGUCAUGGUCCUGGGAAGCUCUUGUGUACACUGGGGAGUUGCUGGGAAACAUCGUUAAGAAUCUACUGUUAGCAUUCAUGAGUGUUUGGACUCAGUUUUUAAAUCUAGUCGUCUUCCAGUUUACCCUGUUUGCUGAACUUUUCACUUCACUGAUUGGAUCUACCUACAGUCAUAUGAAAGAAGCUAAAGGAAACACUGUACAGCUCAUGCACAGUGUUGGAAGUGAUACCAGAGAAUUUGUGCACGGUGUCUGCAGCCUAAUCUAUGAGUUCUUCAUCACUGGAGUAGCCUACCCUAUUUCAUUUGUAAAUGCUUGCACCCAAAAUAUGAUUGAUGGACUGUAUAUCUUUAUGAGCAUGUUGAAGGCUAUAGAAGAUUUUGUUAUUGGAAUUUUUGAAGUAGUGAUCGAGUUAUUGUAUUCAAGCAUCAGCAUCAUUAUGAAUGUUUUUUAUGAUAUCGUGAACGCUUUCAAAGAAAUAUCCACAUUCUUUAUCAAUGCGAUAGACUAUGUUGGCCAAGCUUUGAUUGACUGUUUUGAUAGUGCUGCGGAAGGAUACUCGUCACUUAAUUUGUUUGUUGGAAAGAAUUGGGGCGCCCUCUUGGCUCUAGCUCUCUGUGUAACCCUGGUGUGGGUUACUAUCAAUAUGAACGGACAACACGAGAGAAAUAUCCAACACAUCAUCCAGGAUCUCACUCGGCUAGUGAAUAACUUCACAACUUCUAGAUCACGCAAUGUCAACAGAGAACCCUUGAGACCUGAAGGUCAUCUUCACCAGGAUGUCCUUCCUGAAGAUCAGCAGCAAGGUGACCUUGAUGUUCUUAAUGAAGGAGAAGAGAAUGGAGAUGAUGGCAUGGACCAGGAUGUACCAGCAGGUGAAGUAGGAGGUGUAGGAGACCAGCCUGGUCCAAGCCGAUCGACCCACCACACACCAUACUCAUUUCGAUCACGACCAUUCACACCGUCAGGUGAGCCCGCUGAAGGAAGUGGCUCGGUUGAAUAUCUUGUGAGUAAACUUAAGAACAGAUUAAGCGAGGAACAGGAAAGACAAGCAUGUGUGGUAUGUCUGGAUGCAGUAAAGAAUACACUCUUCAUGCCAUGUCGUCACCUGUGUGUCUGCGUACCCUGUGCAGACAGGAUAGUCAGUAAUGAUGACAUAUAUAUGCGGAUCUGUCCUCUAUGUAGAUCUAGGAUUGGAUCGAUUGUUGAGGUUUAUAGUUGAAUAAAAAAGACAUCUUGCAAGGUCAUUUAAAAUGAGCUUCCUUGCUGCUAAUUAUUUGUGUGAUGAUCAUUCAAAAUGAUCUUUCAUUGCAAGAAUUUUUAGGUAAACCAAAGCAGCUUUAAAUUAGGUCUACAUGAAUAUGUUUCUUGCUUAAUGAUACCAAAUAUAUGAAAGUCUUAAUAGGUAUAUGGACAAUUGUACUGUCAUCCUACAUGUACAUAAUGAUAACAGUAGAGGGAAUGGUUGAAAUCAAUGUUCAUGUUCCCUGAUUCAAGUUUACAUUGUGUAUGGAGCCACACAAAGUUCCCUAGUCUGAGCAGGAAUCCCUUGAGGUGCUGUGCAUUAUUGACAGUGACUUUUCUUGCAUUCUCCAUUUUUUAAUUCUAUGAUGAGGAUUUGAAAUGAAAGGACUCCCACUGAUGUCAUUUGUAGAGACAUUUCAAUUUGCAUGUUCACUAGUGGACGACUAUGUAAGAAUGUCAUAAUAGUCUGUUUUGUGUUCAUGGCAUACAAACAAAGUUGAGCGAAGCAACACACUGAGCAUACCCAAAAAGUCCACUGAUGUUGCCUGACAUAUCAAUUAUUUGUGACAUCAACAGGGAUCCCCUAGAUAACAGGAAGUGGACAGUGUACUGGCAAAUGCUGUGUAUUGCCACCAGCUAAAGCAAACUCUUUGCACUCACCUAGCAAAUCAAAAAGUUCUAUGCUUAGAAGUUGGAACAAAAGCUUGAGUCUCUGUACCAUCGGUUGUUCCGCUAAACUAUGUUAGGUAUACUUUCGUAGUAUACAUGUAAGUGUCUGGAGUAUUGAAAUGGUAGUCAAAUGUCAGAAAUUUUUAAUCCCCAGAAAAGACUUUGAUUCCUGUCUGUUACAAGCUGUGUUCUAGUAACUAUGGACUGUGCAACAUAGUCAUUUAUUGUUAAUUCAUUCCUAUGUGUAUUUCCAUUCUGAAUCUUCAGUACUUUGAUUUUAUUUCUAAGCUUGCCAAUGCCAAAUGUGGAAAUUUUUUGUUUUGUUUCUUGUGUUUACAAGUUCUAGUAAGUGAAUUGCUCUAUUUGACUAUCAUUCUAAUUUUUAAAUCUUACAAAAGUGUAUAUAGUAUGUGGAGUGGACUUUAAUAUUGUCAUUAACUGAUUUCUUGUGAAAUUUUGAAGUUGACCAUUCAGGCCUCAAAUUUCUAUGUUUUUAGGGCAAGGCCAAUUUUCAAAAGGGCACAUUUGUAUUUCACAUCAAUGUAGGAAAAUAGAAAAAAGGGGACAAAAUACAUCAAUUGGCCAGCAAAAUAGGCAUUGUGGCCAACAAUGCCCAUCCAAGGUCAUUGCCUGAGAUUAAUUUAAGGUAGGUUUUAAGCCAUGACCAUUAUUGUGAUAUAGCACCCUCUAAUGUUAUUAUUAAAAAAACAGGUAUUCCAAACUCUUUUCUUGGUAAAACAUUUGUGUACAUUGCAUAUUGUAUAUAUAUGAACAUUUAUAUUGAAAUGUCCCCUUGCAUGCUUGAAAGUGUUUUUAUCAAAAAAUUAAGAAAAUAGCAAAUUAUUAGGGUCCAUUAUUUUUGUUUAUUUUUUCAUUCAAUUGUAGCAGUUAGACUGUAUGUUUCAAACAAAAACAUACAUGUGUUUAUAUGAGAUAGUUGCUCAUUUGAUCUAUGAAUGAAUUUGAAAAUUAAUAAUCUGUACAUGGUAUACAUACACAUGUAGAUGAUCCCUAGAUACCAACAUUUGAUAUACAUGUAUAAUAAACUUUAAGAGGAAAAAUAUGCCAUAUAGGGCUGCUAUACAUACAUUAAGUACUAAAUUAGGCCUACUGUUAACAGCACUAAAUUCUUUGUGUUCAUAUUACAGACUGUACUAUACUUCUAAUCCAUAUAUGAUUUUCACAAUUUACAACAUCAUUUUUGGCAAGCAAAUUGUUUUAAAAAGGCAGGUAUAUAUUUUAUUUUUAUUUCAUUUUCAUCAUUGUUGAAUGUAAUCAUACCUGAUUGUCAUUUUAUUUAAGACAUGUAAGAUUUUUUGUUAAACUUUAUUUGAAAUUACAUUUUUAUCAUUUGGAAAUAUCAUGCUUGGUACAUUUACCUGAUUGUUAAUCAAAUCCACCAGAGAUUUACAUCAUGUCAUAUUAAUAUAGUGUGUAAAAAUAUCAUAAUACAUUGCAAGUUACCUCAUAAUUUUUAAAGAUUGAAAAUUGUCUGAUGCUACAAGGUACAUGUAUGACAACCCCCUUCCUAUACCCCCCCCCCCCCAUCCUGAGACCCACAACCUUUGUGUUCAAAGGUUUGUUUUAAUAAUUCACUGUCAAUUUGGGGGAUAAUUUGGAAAGACGUUUUUUAAGUAUGCUAGCUCAUCUACGUAUAUGUAAUGUGUGUAGUUUUUCUUUUUAAUAGAGAUUUUUAAAGUAAGAUCUGUGUACUGGCACUGUAGAAAUAUGAAUUAUAUUUGCCGGUUGAGAGUGAAUUUCAAUUGUGUAAUUCAAACUGAAUUGUGGCAGAUGAUUAUUCACUGUGCUAUUUACAUGCAUUGCAGCUCAAUUCUAUUCAUGGUAAUUUAUCAUUUAUACUCCAAGUUGUCUUGGUUUUUCCCCAUGAUUCUGUUGGAUGGAGAAGGAGAUUUGACCUUAAUUUACCUCCAAGUUGAAUACUGAAAUUGCAAACUUAAAUGCUUAUUUUUGUGACAAUUGACUUUUGUACUACUAUCAAUCAUUUUGUUAAAAAAUUAUCUUACAUUGGAAGUUUAUUUGUGGUUUCCCCAUAUCUGAUUAAUUGAUGAGGAAAGUUAUGAACCUACCAGUUGAAUGUGAAUUACAAGCUGUUUGUUUUAUAACAUCGAACUUUUGUAUCACCUGCAUUGUGUGUCAUACUCAAAGAAUUUGUGUAAAUAAAAGAAAUGAUCUAAUGCAUGUGAAGGAAAAUGAUAUUGUUGGUAUUCUUCCUAUUCAAAUUAAUCUUGAGUAUGAUUACAUCCUAUGGGGAAAUUUGGUGAACUGAAUUGAAAUGCAUUUUCAUUAGAUUCCACAAAUUUGCAUAUACCUACAUGUAGAAAGGGUGAUGAUGUAUAUGUUUUUAUUAAUAAUCAUAACUUAUGAUGUGUAUUCUUCUUUGCUUUUAAAUCAUUCAUUGUGGUAUGUGGGCUGAGAUCAUUAUGUAUGUGUACAUAAGGCAUGUAAACAUUGUUAUUCUGCUUAAUAAAAUAUUUACAUGUAUACUUACUGUCACAAUGUACUCUUGUACUUUGAUUUUCUGAUGAUAUACAAUACCCAGACCUAUGUUAAUACUUUUAAUGAGAGGUGAAUGGUAAUUUCUGAAAUAUUAAAUCUGUUUGAAUUGUUCUUACUA